UAUGACUCGCUGACUCACUGAACGCCUUAUAAAAACAGGCUCUGUGUGCGUUUAUUCACUUUUUGGUUGUUUUUCACCACCAAAAACUUAACAAAAUGCCGAUGUGCGGAGGGCUGACUGAUGUGAAGCAGGCUGAUGAAGAAGUUCAGAAGAUCUGUGAUGCAAUGAAGCCUCACGCAGAGCAGAAAACCGGGAGAAACUUCGAGGUUUUCACUGCAAAGAGCUACAAAACGCAGCUCGUCGCUGGGACCAACUACUUCAUUAAGGUCCAUGUGGGCGGAGACGAAUGCGUUCACCUCCGUGUUUACAAGAAACUCCCGUGUCAUGGAGAAGAGCUCGAGCUGACCAGCGUGCAGCACUCAAAGAGUCACGAUGACAGUAUUGAGUACUUCUAAUGGGAGAACGAACCAGCCAAAGCAUCAGUGCCUUCAGGCUGUAGUCUCGUAGUGAUCUAUUAAUAACCUGCCUCUUAACAAAAAUGUGCAGUUUCCUUUGCUUAUAUGUAACAAUAUACUGUAGAUGGUAGAAAUAAGACAAAGUGGAACAGUUUUAUACAAAGUGCAUAAAUAAAUGAAGCAGAUUUUUCUUCUA